AUGAGUACACCAAGCAAUUCUGCUGGAACCCCGAUGGAGGAGGACAGUGCUAGUGUUCAAAAACAGAAAACUUCAAACCCAACUGAAACUCGUCCGUUCGUUCUGAAGAAGUGGAACGCGUUGGCCACUUGGGCAUGGGAUGUUGAAUGCGACACAUGUGCGAUCUGUAGAGUUCAUUUAAUGGAGGAAUGCCUUCGCUGUCAAUCCGAACCGAAUUCAGAAUGUUGUGUAGUCUGGGGAGAUUGUAAUCACUCAUUCCAUCACUGCUGUAUGACUCAAUGGAUUCGCCAAAAUAACAGAUGCCCACUUUGUCAGAAGGAUUGGGUUGUCAGUCGAACAAGCAAAUAA